CGGGAGGAGCGGGCGGGAGCGGCGCGGCGGGCGCGGGGCUCGGGCCGCCCGGCUCUGGCCGCCCCCGCCGCCAUGAACGGGACCGUGAUCCCCGGCACGCCCAUCGCCGUGGACUGCUGGAGCGUGCGGCGGGCGGGCGGCGCCCGCCUCUUCUUCCUGUCUCACCUGCACUCGGACCACACGGUGGGGCUGACCAGCACCUGGAGCCGCCCGCUGUACUGCUCGCCGCUCACCGCCCGCCUGCUGCACCGCCGCCUCCAGGUAUGUCCGCCCGCCCCGGCCUCGCCUCGCUGCCCGGCGCGGCCCUCACGGCCCGGUCCCCGCAGGUGCCGCCGCGCUGGAUCCGGCCGCUGGAGGUGGGGCAGAGCCACGUGCUGGGCGAGCAGGUGACGGUGACGCUGCU